UUGCUUAAUGUCUAACCCCAAUUACUAAACAUAUGACCUUUAUUUUUCUGUCUUUGGUGACUUUCAUGCACCUAGAAGCGUAAGCAAUCCGCUCUUCAAGACUUCAUCAUCAUUCAUUUUCUUUCUUUCUACCUUCUUCUUCUUUCUACACCAAGAAUAGUCACCAAUCACUACACCGACCAUCAAUUUUAGUCAUCAAAACCAAUCAGCUAAAAAACAUUAUCAAGCCCCAUCAAGGUCAGUUUAAUUUCCAGUGGCUAGCUAGCCAGGAUCAAAAUGUUGCAGUUGGCAGUAAUUUUGGUCAUUUUUGCUCUAGCAGUUCCAAUUAAUGGACAGGCUCCAGGGAGCCCUGAUGAAGGAAACAAGUGUGGAGGCUGUCCUUGCAACAAUCCAUGUCCCGUGCCUUCACCGCCACCGCCACCGCCGACACUGCCUCCACCCCCUCCGGCGUUGCCUCCGCCACCACCGCCUCCCAAGAAGCCGCCUACUCCCGCCUGCCCUCCUCCCCCUGGUUCAUCAGGCUGGCCCGUUGUGCCCACUCCACCUUCUCAGUACAUAUAUGUAACAGGUCCACCAGGGAAUUUAUAUCCUGUUGAUGCUAAUUUUUCGAGGGCUGCCCGGAGCUUCACUGUUGGAUUGCCAUUUAUAUUGCUGGUUGGAAGCAUACUUCAGCUAGCUUUGUGGUGAAGAUAUAUGAUCAAAUUGUUGUAGGAUUCAGAAUUUCCAGGUAAAGAUUCGAAGCAGAUGCAGUUCAUGAGGCAGAGAUUCGGAUUCUAAUGACGAAGACUUUUAUGGAUGAGAAAUGUUUGUGAUCCUUUAGACUAUUUCUAGCUUUACCUUAGCUAUCUUCAAAUGUGUCAUAAUCCUUGCCCUUUUCUUUUGCGAUGGUGAGAAAUUAUUGAAAUGUCACGAAUAACCCUGUUCUUUAUGAUUGAUUUCAUAUGGGCUGAUUAUCUGAUCAAAGUUUAUUAUGUUAUCCCCUCAUUUUUCUU